CAUCACUCAAACUAAGAACUUACGACCUUCUCACUCACUCGAGCCCUUCACUUUGCACUCUUUAACCCAUCUCAUCUCAUUCCAACUCCUCUUUCUACCUAGACCUUUAAUUCUUGAUCAAAACACCAAUCGAAACCCCCCAACCCAAAAAGAAUCCAUCAAUUUCUUUGGACUUAUCCCUAUAUGUCCCGUAAUAGUUCACCUUCACACUCACGUCGAGAAUCGACUAAUAGUUUUACCAAUUCGAAUUCUAAUUCAAACUCAUUCAGACCUAGACCAACUGGUGUACCAUCUUCUUCUGGUCCUGGUAACAAUCUUACAGGAAAUGGUGGUGGUGGUGGAUCUCGUUUAAACCCAUCUCGUGGUCCUUCACCUGGAUUUCAAACUCCUCCGAACAGUGCACCUAAUAAUCUGACGAUCGGUCCUCCUCGAAACAUUGGACUCUUACUUGGAUGUCCGAUCAAAUUGAAAUUAGUAGGACCAGCAGGAACAGGAGCCUCAGGAGGAACGAAUUCGAAUGAUAGAUGGGUAGAAGGAAAAGUAUGGUGUUAUGAUCCAUUACCAGGUGUGAUUGUAUUAGAAUGUCCAGGUAGUAGUCCUACAAGUACAACAGAUCUUCAAUCAGGAAAAGGUAAACAAACUUAUCGAAUGAUUAAAAUGAAUCAAAUCAAAGAAGUUCAAAUUGGAGAUAAAAACAAUAUGGACAAAAUCGAAAGUUCUACAACAACUUCAUCUAUUGUAGAUAAGAUUCUUGAACCACUCAAACCGAUCAAUAUCAAUGCUGUGGAAUUACGUGAAGCUACUGCUAUUAAGAAUGAUGAUGCAAGAAGAGCUAGGAUUGGUCAUGGGGUUUCGAGAUGGGGACAAGAGAUCUUUGAUGCACUUGGAAAAACUUUACCCGUUCGAUGGCAUCAAACUUCAAUUGUGAUUCUAGAUGACGUUCUCUUACCUGGACCACUAUACCGACCAGAAGAUGCGAAAUCCAAUAAAGAAGCUAGAUUACAAAGAGUAAGAACGGUCUUGGAAGGAGAAAGGAUUAGAUUAAGGGCAACAGAAGAAGGAAAAUCAAUGGAAAAAGAAGCGGAAAGAUUAUCUAAAACUAAUCAACAAACUACAUGAGAUUAACUUGAAGAAGAAAAAGAUUUUAGAUCAUUUGAAGCUUUUUUUGCCUUGUUGUUGUUGUUGUGUGGAUUUUUUGGGAUGGGUUAGGCGGCUUGGUGAAAGAGAGUUUUGUUCAGCUAUUGAAUUACCCUCUUACUUGUUUUUUUUAGGAGACGGUGAGAAUGAGAUUGAGAAUUAAAUGAUUAGAGGAUAAAUCAGAAUUCC